AUUCCGGAUUAUGCGCAUGCGCACGAGAACCACGCGGAUUUGACAGAGUCUGAACUUCUAGCCAAUUAGAACCCAGGUGGGCGUUUUUUCCGGAUUCAGUAAACUUGACUCACACGUUCCCGUUAAUUUACUAAGCGACUCACGGCGGGUAAGUCACAAUUGAUGGCAUCCUCACUACACAUGUGCACUCUGUAAGGUACACAGUAAUGGCCUAAUCACCCUACUCAGUGCACUGGAUGUGGAGUAGGAAGGGAUUUGGAUCUCAGUUUCAGGAGUUUUUAAACCUUACUACGGAGACUGACUGCCACAGAGGUUUUGCCCUGAUACACCUCUGCAUGUGGAGUCUCACCGCUCACGAUGUGAUUCUAAAGUGAUUUUAUUUCCCCAAAGUGUUUUGUUAUGGGCCAUUCCACUACAGACCAUUUCACUCUAAAUCAUUACUCUAUUUUAUUUUAUAUUUUAUUGGUUUAAAAAAAGUUUUAAAACAUUUUUAUUUGGUUUAUUUAUGAUAUGAGUUCUUUAAAAAAAAAAAAUUCAGCCCAAAUUUGGAUUCGGAAUCAUUAAAGUCUUUCACACCUCUGUGUGUGUGUGUGUGUGUGUGUGUGUGUGUGUGUGUGUGUGUUUGUUUGUAAUGAUGUUGCUGGUUUCCUCUGUGGUUAGCAGUGUGGGAUCAGAGCUAUUGUGUGUGUUGGUGUAUGUGGUGUGUGUGUUGGUGUGUGGGUUUGGGGCACUCGGAACAUUGAGAAUAACAGCGAGAGGGGGAACAUACUCAGACACACGUCUCUCCUUUCUCAGCUGUCUGUCUGCAGGUGUGUUUUUAGCCUCCUGUGUGUUAGACAUUAUCCCAAAUUACCUGACAGAGAUGAGAGAGCAUUUCACAGAGCUUGGCGUGACGCUGCGCUUUCCUGUGCCAGAGUUCAUCAUGGCUGUGGGCUUUCUGUUCCUACUGGUGAUGGAGGAAUUGAUCCUGGCUCUGAGAGACGAGUGUGAGAGACAGCACAGACAGAAAGAAGAGCGAGAUGAGAAGGAAGCUUUGCUCCUGUGCUCACCAACAUUCCGGCCACGUCCUGAUCCCUCGCUGGCCCCCAUCCGCUUUUCUGUGCUGCUCCUGUCUCUCUGUCUCUUCUCCAUUUUCCAGGGUUUUUCUGUGGACGAGGUGCGGCUGCAUCCUGAUCUCCUCCUGCGCGCAUCACUCGUCACCUGCAGCCUGGUCUUCCUGCUUGCUCAGAGUCAAAUGAGACGCUCCGUGGUAUCCGUCUGCCUGUUAAUGCUUUCUUUGGCUUUCCCGCUUGGCCUCGCUCUGCGUCACACACAUAAACACACCUUACGCCUAGCGCGCUCUACCCUCGAGGGUCUGAGUGUAGGGAGCUUUACCUAUGUUGUCUUUAUGGACGUGAUACCUCGAGUGACAAGCGCUAAAGAGCACCGUAUUUCUAAAGUUACGCUGAUCCUCACAGGGUUCAGUGUUCUGACUGUUGCGCUGCUCCUCAAAACAUAAACAUGCAUAGUGGCUGCAUCCGAAACUGCACAUUGAUAUUUCCAUACCAUAUAUUACACUACAUGUUACCUAGCAACCAAAGUGUUUCAGCACUCACAACAAGGCUUUACAAAUUACCAUUGCAACUUGUUAUGCCAUGAAUCAUCAUAAAACUAAUAUUAUAUUGUAUGAAGUACACUAUGUAUUCUAGGAGUGCGUGGUUUAGGAUAUAAAUAUGGACACACAUUCCAAAGUGACCUUAGAAAUGCACACUUGUGUCACAUGGAACUGUGCAAUGGUGCACUCCUGAGUGUGUAUGCACAUGUGGGACUUCCUUGAUGGUUUUGUCCUUUGUGAUGUAAACAUACUGUUUCUGUAUGUUAUAAAACGUUCCAAUAAACCUGAGAUUUUUUUUUAACAA